AUCUGUUGGGUUCAAGCAACACGAGAUGUAUUAUGAACCCCGUGUCAACGGAACAAGAGAUCACCGACUCUACACAUGGCACGAGAAAGCAAAACAAGCACAGAAAACACGAGCCGGAAGAUCUCUAGUAGUAAUGCGGGCAGCCACACACCGCGGAGCAAACUGAGUCGUAGCAGCAAUUCUGAGCAUCUACAAGUUGGUAGAUCAAAUGCGGAAUCAACUUACUCGUACAACAACCACAUCAACUCAGAUAGGGACAAGGUGAUACCCCAGCCUCUGAGCCAGGCCUCGAAGCCAGUAAACAACAUCCUCAUUCGGGUUCGUCUUCAUCCAUCCAUCCUGUACACGGUCAGGGGUUUCAAGCGCAGCUACGACCGGCACAUGAUCGGCGAUGCGAGAGGGACCGGAUCUGGAAGGCCCGGCGAGCUGCUCAGGGAUCGCGGCAUGGUGGAAGGUGUCCGACGACACAGAGCCCGAAUUCUCGAAAUGGAGAGUCAUUUGGGGACUAGGAUUGAAUCCGGAGAAGGGCAGCAUCAUGUCCCGCAGGGAAGCGGGUUCUUCCCCCAAACCUGCGUGGCUCUCUUGCAUAUGACCCAUCGAAUCCUCGAGGACCGAUUGAAGUUCUAGAAGAAACCUGCGAGACUUUGGAAGAUGUGCGAUCCAUGCACGCCCAGGCUCAGCUAGCCUUUGAGCCUCACGUAAACACUCUUGUGCCCUGGUCGAUCUCUAUAAAUCAUUCCCUUUAUCGAGAGUGUCUAUCAGCACGAUAGGGGAAGGCGUACCUUAACCUCACUGGAAAUUGUCAUCGAGCAUGCAAUGCACUCAAUCCGCAUCCUGUCACAUUGACCACAGGAUUGCGAAUUCGGGGACUCGACGCAUCCCUAAAAGCAAAGUGAGUCUCUUUCCUUCGUGUCAUGACUAUCUUGGAGAAGACAAGACU